UGGUAGAAGCAGAGUGUCGCGCGUAUAAGAACGAAAAACCGGGCGGGUACCGCAAGCGUAUAUCGGCCGUGGUCGUCGCACGCGUAUAGUCUCACCCGCGCCGCAUCAACAUGGACGCCGUAAACGCCAUGUUCGUCGGCAUGACGUUCACGUUCGUGGCCGUGCCGCUGCUGCUCAAGUCGGUGGACCCGACCCAGUUGCCGGCCGCCGUGGCCCGGUUGUACGCGUACGGCAAGAUCACGGGCGGCGCGCGGCCGUCCGGCGUGCUCAGCGUGCCCAAACGGUGGUACAAGCACUUUUACGCGUUCUCGUUGGCGCUGUCGCUGGCGGCGGCUCUGGCGCUGUCGGACGCGUACGCGACGGGCGCGCCGUGGCCGUCCGGCGCCGCGUGGUGCCGCCGGUGGCUGUGGGACCCGGUCCGGCGGCCGGAACCGUCGUACAGCGCGGCCGCCGCGUCCGUGGCCGUCGGCAUGUUCGUGCUGCAGUGCGCCCGGCGGACGUACGAGACGUACCGCGUGAACGUGUUCUCGGACACGGCGGUCGGGCUGUGGUACUACGCGUCGGGUUACAUGCACUACGUGGGGGCCAUCGUCACCGUGCUGGCCGAGGCGCCGGCCGUAACCGGAUCGGCGGGGCGACCGUCCAGCGGCUGGGAGCCAGUUCGGUUGGCCGGGGCUCUGUUGGUGUUCGCCUGGGCGUACAGCGAACAGUGGCGGGCCAACGUGGCGCUGGCCGGGGCCCGGAAGCGCGGCGGCCAGGUGGUCACGCACGAGCACGUCGUGGUCACCGGCGGCCUAUUCGACCUGGUGUCCAGUCCGCAGAUGCUCACCGAGGUGGUCAUGUACGGCGCCUGGUACGCCGUGCUGUGGGGCGGCAGCGGAUGGAAGUACGUGAUCGCGUUCGUCUGGGGCAAUCAGUUCGAGAUAGCGCUCAUCAGCCACCGAUGGUACCAGGACAAGUUCCGGGACUACCCCCGAGCAAGGAAAGCCAUCAUACCGUACGUGCUGUGAUCGCAGUUGCACACGGUCGUGGCGGGAAUAUUGUUCGCUUAUUAUAAUUGCAUAGAAUAUGAAA